AUGUACUUUUUCCUCCUUCCUACUUUUUCCUCUCUCUCUCUCUCUCCCCCCCACAGACAAGCCAGGUCCUCCUAUAAAUGUGAUGGUAACAGAGGUGUGGGGCUUCAACGCUGCUCUGGAGUGGAAGCCCCCCAAAGACACAGGCAACACUGAUAURACCGGCUACACCAUCCAGAAGGCUGAAAAGAAGACCCAGGGUUGGUUCACAGUGUAUGAGCACAACCGCCGGCCCAGCUGCACAGCGUCUGACCUGGUCAUGGGGAACGAGUACUCCUUCCGUGUGUUCAGUGAGAACAUCUGUGGCUUGAGCGAUGAGGUGGCCUUCAGCAAGAACACUGCCAUUAUAGGCAAAACAGAUCUGGAGUACAACAAACCAGCCUUCAAAGAGAAGGACAUGAGCAGCUCCCCCAAGUUUACAGCUCCCCUAGUGGACAGGGUUGUUGUUGCAGGCUACAGUACUGCCAUCAGCUGUGCUGUCCGGGCCUACCCUAAGGUGAGGGUGUGUGUGUGUGUGUGUGUGGAGAGGGAGGGCAGUACUGUAAUUAAGUGUUUGAGUGUGUGUUGAGAGAGCGAGAACAAG